CUCCAUUAAUCAAAUCAUGGCCCUUUUAUUUAUUUAGGGGUUUGCCGCCGGAGCUGGCGGACGAAUACCACAAAAUCCAAAACAACAAAUGAAGUCAAUGCCAACUUCUAUCCAUUUCCACAUGGAAGCGCAGCAAGAUUUGUCCCCUUUUGACUUAGUAUUGUGCCGUUUCUUGUUCUUCCUUCCCGCUCUGGGUGGACAGUAUUCCAUCGGAUAACCUUUUUUCCAAGCCCAAACACAAAAAAGGAACCAUAUAAAUAAAUCAACACAACGUGUAAUUUGUCCUGAAAGAAGUUUAAUCAACAAUCUUAAGGUAGUAUUAUGGAGUUCAGAUUCGGCAUCGUGGGUUCCUCCGGCAACGGAAUAAGUUCCGAAAUUCCGGUGGAAACCUCUUCGGUCGCCAUGGUUGUGCCGUCCUCACCAAUACCCUUCGGGGCAAGUGUGGGGGCCGCAACCAUGACGUCACUUUCAAUGCCGAGCUCAAUCUUCGGGUCGGCCCUCGACCCAUUCCCGGACUCGAAACCACAGGGGAUCACCCCGUCGAUAAUUCGAACCCGUUUCUCGGACCGACUAUGGCUUCGGCCUCGACAGUCAACUUUGGACCGAACGCGGGCAUUCCCACACUGGUCAACUUAGGACCGAACGCGGGUUUGUGAUGAUGAACAAAUAAAGCCAAUUAUUGAAGAUGAAGCAUAAUUUGAUACCGUUUCCCUCAUGUGUUUGCCAUAAACUUGAGAAACAUCCUCAAAAUUAGCUCAUGAACUCAUGCAAUCGGAAAGGGAGAUGGCAAAAAUUAGGGGUAAUACUAAUUGAAGAUAAGAACAUGGUGAAAAGCUGAGAUCAGAAGCAAUUGAGCGCGUUGAGAUCUGAAGGAGAUGUGAGAAGCUUUUUGUUGCAGAAACGGUAAAUGGUAAGCUCAGAUCGGAAAUGGAGUUUGGUGAGAUGGGAAGUGGAGUUUGCUGAGAUCCGUAUUACUCCGUUAAUUAUUUUGUUGGGAUUUGUUAUUUUAUUUUAUUUUUAUUAAAUGAUAUGAUGAUGU